UUACUAUCAUUUUUUUAAUUCUUCUUCUUCCUUUCUUUCUUAGAGUAUUUAGGCUUGUGCGGAGCAGAGAGAGAGAAAAAGGUUUAAAGGAAAACGCGCGCGCGCGGGGGGGGAGGGGUGAGCACAGGCGUUGGUGGAGGCGGGAGGCGGAGGGUUGGUGGUAGUGGUGGUAGUGGUGGAAAACAACACGGGCGGAAUACGAGAGGGGCUGUGGAGGCGAAAUGGUCAGGAGCCGGGACUGACUGGCAAGGGAUAGAAGAGACAGAGCAGGAGGAGUAACACGGAGGUGUUGUGUGUGUGUGGGGGAGGAGAAGCAGGCGAGGAGAUUCCGAGUAGAGUACGGGAUAGGAGAGACAGGGGACUUGCCUGCUGUACCUUGGAGUCGGGGAAAGGGAGCGAGCGAGAGCGAGGAGGAGGAGGAGGAAGUUGACAUCGGGAACGCGUUGGUGUAGGGGAUAGAGAGAUGUUGAUGUACAGGUAGACACUGAUAGGUGGACAGACACGUACAGCCAGGGUGACGCGGGAGAGAUCAAGUGGAAGACGAGCAAACAAGGGCCAACCAACCAAGCUACCCAUCGACCGACCAACCAGGUCACUCACCACCACUGCGGCCCCGACACUGCCGGCAUCACCAUGUCCGACUCCCAGCUGCUGCACCGGCGGGACAAGCGUGCCGCUGCCGCCUUCCUCAAGGCGGAAUGCCACCGCGGGGGCGGAAUAGCAGGAGAUGAUGAAAACGACUCUACCGCCACCAGCCCCACCACCACCACCAGCAGCAGCAUUAGCAGCAGCGGCGGCGGCGGCGUUGGCAUCAGCGGAGUAGGCCGGCGCCGUCUGGGCGAGUUGCUGGACGCGGUCCUCCCGCCUUCGGGCGACAUCUCGGACCGCGAGUCCGUCGAGUGGCUGCGGGCGCUGCUCGCCGGCGGCGAGGCGUUCGAGGAGUUUGGGCGGACGGUGCGGGGCUACGACGACGCGGCGCUCUGCGGCCUCGUGUGGACGGCGAACUUCGUGGCGUUCCGCUGCCGCACGUGCGGCAUCUCGCCCUGCAUGUCGCUGUGCGCCGAGUGCUUCAACGCGGGCGAGCACACGGGCCACGACUUCAACAUGUUCCGCAGCCAGGCGGGCGGCGCGUGUGACUGUGGGGACAGCAGCGUGAUGAGGGAGAGCGGGUUCUGCCAGCGGCACGGGCGUGCGUCCCUGCGCAGCGUUCCACGCGCGCCCCUCGACCUUCUCACGCUGCCCGAGCUCGUUCUGCCGCGCGUCGUCCUGCGGCUCGUGCAGCACCUGCGGGAGAAGUUUGCGCCACCCCCGCCCGGGGAGGUGCCAGCGGGUGACCAUGACCCACAGCGUGCUGUGCAACAGGCGGAACAGCUCAUCGGACUGCUGGAGGAGCUCACCAAGAUGGGCGGUGCCAUGCGCGCCGUGCUCACCCGGGUGCUCACCAGCACACAGAGCUACCGCGAACUCACCGCUUGCCCAGAGGCGAGCGGGGAAUCGGAGCCGAGCGUAGCCGAACUUGGGUACCGCAAGUACCAGGAGGCCCUCGCGAGCACCACUCCCAUUGUCGAUGACCUCUUCCGAAGUGAGCUCGGUCCUCCCUACGCCAUGCUUGGAGACCGUAUUUCGACGAUCGCAGAUGAAGGAUCGGAAGUUGAUUCGGAGAAGUACGACCAGGAGGAGGAGCCGCACAGUCUUGGGCGACGGAAGAGGUUCAAGAUCGCCAUCCUCGGCGGCUCAUCAGGGACACUCACUCACAAAUGCUUCUUGGAGGAACUUCUCUUCUGGACGGUCAAGUACGAGUUCCCGCAGAAGAUGGUGACACUGCUGCUGAACAUGCUGCCCGACCAGGAGUACAAGGUGGCCUUCACCAAGACGUUUGUGCAGCACUAUGCAUUCAUCAUGAAGAUGCUGAUGCGAUCCCAUGAGUCAGACACGCUCUCCAACCGCAUCGUGCACAUCAGCGUGCAGCUGUUCAGCAGCGAGGAGCUGGUGCGCACCGUGCUGCACGAGAGCCACCUGCUCAAGGUCAUGGUCACCGUCCUGCUCGAUAUGAUGAUGACCUGCCUGGUGAAGAGCCCGCUGCAGGACGAGGAUAACUUCAACCUGGUGGUGAACUGCGGGGAGGCUCUGCUGAAGAACAACACGUAUUGGCCUCUCGUCAGUGACUUCAUCAACAUCCUGUCGCAUGGGAGCGUCGCCCGCCAGUUCCUGCACGAUCACGCACUGCUGCAGAUGUGGAUGAUGUUCCUGUCCUUCUUCCAGGGCAUGAACCUGAACCGGCGCGAGCUGAACGAGCAUGUUGAGUUCGAGUCGCAGACGUACUACGCCGCCUUCGCCGCCGAGCUGGAGGCGUGUGCUCAGCCCAUGUGGGGCCUCCUUGCGCACUGCAAGACGCCGGAAUCGGCGGAAUACACACGGACGGUCAUUCGCUUCUGCCUGGAACAUCUGCAGGACUGGUUUGAUGCCAUCAACUUUGUUGACGAGCCGGCACCAAACCAACUCACGUUUCACCUGCCCCUCCACCGCUACUAUGCCAUGUUCCUGAGCCAGGCUGUGCGCUCCCAAGAUAUGGAUCUGGAUUCCCUUCUUCCAGAUUCUGAGCUGCUCAUGAAGAUGAUGGUUCACCCCCUGCAGAUACAGGCUUGUCUGUCGGAGGUGCACAGCAACAUGUGGGUGCGGAACGGCCUGCAGAUCAAAGGGCAGGCUAUGACCUAUGUGCAAUCCCACUUCUGCAACUCCAUGAUUGACCCUGACAUCUACCUACUGCAGGUGUGCGCCUGCAAGCUUGACCCUGACUUCUUCAUAUCCUCGCUCUUUGAGAGGUUCAAGGUGGUGGACAUGCUGACGAUUGCUUCGAAGCACCAGAACAUGGCUCUGGAGCCUGAGCACGAGCGCUCCAUGCUGGAGGGAGCCCUUACCUUCCUGGUGCUGCUCUUGGGCGUACGGACGCAUCUAGGUAUCAGUAAUGUGUGUUCGGCAGGGAUGUCUGACGAGGAAGCUCUGCGGGCUGAGAUGGUGGCACAACUAUGCAUGAGUGACAAGACCCACAGCAACCUGCUCGACCUCAUCCCAGAAAACCCCAACCCCAAGAGUGGCCUCUCGCUUGGCAGCAUCUACUUUGAGUCGAUGCUGGCAUCCGUGGCCACCUUCAAGGCUCCCGUGCUCGAGCCCGGUGGCACCAUGCAGCAGGGGAUGUACACACCCACACCCGAGGUCUGGGACAAGGAGUUCGACGCGGUGAUGGUCAUCCUGCGCACCGUCUACCGGAGGGACGUCCAGUCGGCGAUGGAUCGAUACACCGCCUUCCUCAAGCAAACGGGACGCUUCGAGGGCAGCCCUUGGCCCCCCUACAGAGAGAGGCCCCCCCUGCACCCCCAGUACCGUGGCCUCAUGCGGCUUCUGCACUGCAAGACUAUGCACAUCGUCAUCUUCACCCUGCUCUACAAGGUGGUGAUGGACCAUCAGAACAUGUCGGAGCACGUGCUCUGCAUGGUCCUGUAUCUCAUCGAGCUGGGGCUGGACCAAGCGCCAGCUGAGGAACCAGACCCCCCGGACGACGGGAGCGACGAGCGCAGCUUCGACAGCUGGUUCCCCUCCUCCAACCUCGUGUCCAACAUGCGCCACGUCAUCAGCUACGUGCGUGUCAAGGUCCCCGAGACGGCCCCCGAGGUGGCCAAGGAGGUGCCCGCUGGACCAAGCGGCGUCGCCAACGCCGAACAGACUCAACGCAGGACACUUCAAAGGGAGAACUCACGCACGCCGCAGGUGUUCAGCCUCGUCGCCGAGCGCCGCCGCAAGUUCCAGGAGAUCAUCAACCACAACGCCGCCGCUGCCGCCGCCGCCUCCCCUCCCGGCGGAGCUCGGCCCAAGACCACGCACGGGCGCUGGGCCCCGCAGCAGCAGGCCCAGCUCAUCACGGCCAUCCUGGAGAUCCGCGAGAGCAUGCUGUCCCUGCUCGUCAAGCUCCACCACAAGCUCUCUGGGCGGCAGAACUCCUUCGCUCCGGCCUGGUGCCGCCCCCUGCAGCCUGACGGGGAGGUGGGCGACAGCGUCAACGAAGACCCUGCCACUACUGCUGCCGCCACCGCUGCCACCAGCGCUGUUGGUGGUGGUGUUAGCGGCGAGGAUGACGAGGAGAGGGUGAGGAGGAGGCAUCAGCCGCAGCCGCCACCACCGGGCCCGGUUCACGGAGACGGGUUGGCGGCUCUUGAGAGGAUUCUGGCAAAAGCGGCAAAGAUGAGCGCCAGCAACCGGCGCUGCGUGGAGGAGAUCUGCCGGCGUGUGACGCCGCCCGUUCCACCUAAGAAGAGCGGCCAUUCGGAGAAGACGACACUCGAUAAAGAGGAGAGACGCCGGCGGGCCAGAGAGAGACAACAGAAAUUGCUGGCCGAGUUUGCCUCCCGACAGAAGAGCUUCAUGGAAACGGCCAUGGACAUAGACGCGAGCGCUGGUGAGGAGGAGGCGGCGACUGCGGACGCGGGCACGGGAGACGACGGCUGCCCUUCGUCUUCGUCGCACGAGGCCGCGUGGGAACGCCCGUGCGAGGAGGUGGUGCUCGACUGCGUGACGUGCGGUCAGCGCGGAGCCUCCACUGCCCAGCGGCCGCUCGGCCUCAUCGUGCUGCUCCAGGCCACGUCCGUCCUGGGGCACCGGCGGAGGAGCGAUGAGCGCAAGCGUCUGCCGACGCGCGAGGGCGAGUGCCUGUACCAGGAUGACACCUGCGGCUCGUCGCAUGACGUGCGGCUCAGCGUGUUGCAGAGACACUACCUCGAGAGCUCGUGCCUGCAGUCGGUCUCCGUGGGCUGGGAGGGGGGCGUGUACGUGCAGACGUGCGGGCACACCGUCCACCUUGACUGCCACAAGUCCUACAUCGAGUCUCUGCGGAGCGACCACGUGCUGCAGAGCUUCUCGCUGGACAAGGGGGAGUUUGCGUGCCCGCUGUGCCGCCAGCUCGCCAACAGCGUGUUGCCGUGCUGCGGCACGCGGCCCCGCGGGGGGGCGUCACGCCCGGGCCCCGCGCGGCCCCUCCACGUGCUCGUGCGCGAGGUGCGCGAGCAGCAGGAGAGCCUGCGCGCUGCACUGACCACCAGCAACCUAACCAAAGAGAUGGAGACCAUUCUCAAGGGCAUCAAGAUUGCAACGCCAAAAAAGUUCACGGAGUUCAGCAAAAUUCCCAGCUCUCCCGACAACGACUUCCUGUUCCUUCACUCCAUUGCAAGGGUGAACCUGGAGCUUGAGUUGGUGCAGAGAGGGGGGAACCUGCUGAGUACCGGAGCCACGGGCAGCCCUCGACGUUCCUGCUUCAGUCAGCUGUUCAACGUGUUGGCUCUGGGCAUUCACUGCUAUCGCAUCGAUGCCGCCUUCAACCCCUGGAGUCGCCUUACUCACGUGGUGGGACCUGACCACCGGGCGGAGUCGGAGCGCGAGGAUCAGAGCGCGGUGCCCGUGCUCUACUGCGACGUCAGCUCGCUGCUGCUCUUCCUCCUCCUCACCAUGCCGCAGCCGCUCCACAAAGAGCACGUGACGUGCGUGGUGCGGGUCCUGUACACACUUGCGUACGUGCAGACCCUGGCCGCCCUGUCUCUCCGCCUCGGAGCCGACGAGAGAGCCGCGUGGAUGCAGGGGGAGAGCCGACCGCAGGUGCUGCAGGUGUCGCAGGGAACGGACGGUGAGGAUGGCGAGUGCUCGUGGAGGGAGAUCCUGGCGAUCGUCACAGCUGGGCUGACACAGCUCUACGAGAAGGAGCAGCCGGGAGCAGACACCACAGCUCUGAGCGGCUGCGUGUGGUCGCCGCACUCGGUGGAGUUUUCGGUGCAGCAGGGCGUGCUGCCCUUCCUGCGCGUGGCGGCCCUGCUGCAGCACCACCUGUACCGCGAUGAGCUGCCCACCUGCCAGAACCCAGAGGAGGAGUUCUCGGCGCUCGCCGAGUUCUUGUCCCUCCUGGAGGCGCCCGCCUCCGCGAUCGGAGUCCCCCCCAGUUCCGCCGGCGCGGCCGCCAACCCCGGCGCAGACGUCGCCGCCCCCGCCAGCGCUCGCUGCCUGCGCUGGUCCACGUCGCCGCGCCUCCUCGUUCGGCGGUGGUGCUCGGAGCUGAGCGGCAUCACCUGCCGCAGCCCCGCGGACGGCCUGGCCUUGCUGCGUCGCGUCGACGCCUGGGCCCAGCCGCGGUUGCUGCAGCUGCCCCGCGGCUACAGCUGCCUCUUCCAGCACUACCACGGCCGCGCGUGCACCACCUGCGGAAAGCCGCCAAAGGACCCCGCACUCUGCCUCGUGUGUGGGGCCUUCCUCUGCCUCAAGGGCAUCUGCUGCAAGCAGCAGAACUGCUACGAGUGUGUGCAGCACUCGCAGGUAUGCGGGGCCGGCACGGCCGUGUUCCUGCUGGUGCACGCCUCCGUCGUGAUCGUCGUGCGGGGCCCUCAGUUCUGCCUCUGGGGCUCCGUCUACCUGGACGCGCACGGCGAGGAGGAUCGAGACCUGCGGCGAGGCAAGCCGCUGUUCCUGUGCGACGAGCGGUACCGUGUGCUGGAGCACCAGUGGGUGUCUCACGCCUUCGACCACAUGAACAAGCGCUGGGGACCGCACUACAAUGGGCUGUGAACACACACACACACGUACACGUACACACACACACACAAACGUACACAUCCAUGUACCACGGCUGCCUAUGCACAGACACACGCCUGCUCGCACUCGCACCAAGCUUAGCCGUACGAACUUUUCCCACGAGCCGCCGUGGCACACCGGUCGGCGACCUUACGCCAACGCGUGCGCUACGUGCGCGCACAUUUUUGCUUGCGCUCUUACAUCGUGCAGUCGUACGCACGCACAGUCGCAGCCAGUCGUGCACAUUUACUGUCGAACGUGCGCCUACACACGUGCACACACAUUGAUGCAUACAUACAGACACGUGUGCUGGUGUGCGCACACAUUUAUAUAGAGUGUGUAUACAACUUGCAGCCACUUUAUUUUUAAGAUUACCAUACGCACCUGCAGACUGGGUGUCAGGGUCAGCAUUUCGGAUGAGACUUGACUCGGACUGGGUUUUAGUCUCAUUUGGCCUAGGUUCCAGGAAAAUAAGCUUCAAGAUGAGAAUCUUGAUUGAGGAAAGGCUACAGAAGAUCAGGUUUAGGAUCUUGAGACAUCUUUCCCAAGAGAUCAGACUUCAGGAUCUCUUGUCUUGUUGAGAUUCAGUUGCCGAGAGACCGGGUUUUAUUAUUAUAGUCUUUUACCUGGCUGCAGGUGACCAGGUAUCAGGAUUGGUGCCUAGAAACUUGGGUUCAGGAGACCAGGUUUCAAUUCCUUUAGACUUGGCUUCAAGAAACCAGAUGUUUUGUUUGCUAUCUUGAGACUUGGCUCCAGUAGUCUCCAGGACACAAAAACCCAGGCAAGACCCUCAUAAAAAUGAGUCAUUUGAGGCUCUUCUAGCUGAGUAAAGGACUAAUACCUCUUUUCCACUGCACAACCAAAGCCGCACUGGGGCCAUGCCAAGGCAGCCGAGUACAGUGCAAGAGGCGCCAGGUUCCAUUUUUCGCUGGAGAAGCUGAGCCGUGCCUCUCAGCGUCAGUGCGUGCAACAAACGAACGGAACUACGCGUGUAGAUGACUCGGUGUCGGCGUGUCCUCGUGCGUUGGUGACGAGCAUGGGUGAUGCUGAAUUCUCAGGGUUAACUGAUUGACGCCACACACAACAAAAACGCGUCAUUUGCCCCGCCCCAUAGCCCUGCUUGGUCCCCGAACCAGAACCAGACGUCAUGCGUGGACGGCGUUUGGUUCUCCUCGGCAUGGCAAAUAGCACACCGCCUGGCUCGGCACGGAUAUGCCAGUGGAAAAGGGGCUUAAUCGUUAACAUUGUUAACUGACGGAAUUUUGUUAACUGAUCCUUGUAUUCAGGCCAUGGUUUCGGGGCACGCAAGGGAAUAAUAUCCGUGGAAGGCAAGGCAAUAUUUACAUUUUAAUUUAGCGCCCUUUCAUACCGCGGAGAGUAAAUUGUAGUGACUGCUCGCGGCUUUAGAACUGUCAAACGAAGAAUAAAGUGUCGUCGUUAUACGUUUUGGCGUUGAUAGUGAAAUAAAUACGAUGCAUUUCCUCCGCCCGCCAACGUGAGUCAUUUCAAUAUUUUCUAUUUAAGAACCUGUAAGAAGUUAAAGUUGACUUUAAACAACAACAAAUUAUUGUGGAUUCUUUCUUUUCUAAUUUGUCAUCCCUGACAUGAAAAUCAUUGGAAGGAACACCCGCUUGAAAAUAAUUCAUACUCGUUUUAAAUUUUAAGUGGCCCUGACUCCUCCAUCAAAAAUUGCUGUGAAGAGGUGGGUGCUUGGGACACGAGUGAAAAUCUCCCGUCAUGGACACCGAUAUAAAAAGGAGCUAAGUAAAUGUUGUUUUAUGCUAAUGACCACCCUCCUGGACUUAAAGAAACCAAUAAACUGGCCAAGAUACUUUUAUCCUUUGGGAAUAGGUGAAUGCAGAAGAUGCUCGGAAGUUCAUGGCAGGUUUCGGGCACAAACUCAUCCUUUGAGUUCGGAAUAGAAUGCAGGCAGAGAGGAAAUUAGGAUGCGUGGGGUGUGUGUGGAGGAUACAGGAGGGCAGGUUAUCGAGACGGGCAUUCGAGUGGCACCCAGUCAGAGGGUGGUGGUGAUGAAACUGUAAGACAAACUUUUGGGGCCGGGUGUUCACCGUGCAACAGUUGAGGGAUUUGGCGGAAGGGAAGGAAGUGAUGUCAAGGUGUGGUGGUACAAUUGGCAUUGUCUCUUGAUUCAGAAACUGUCUCCUGCAGUUAUAUUUAAAGUAACUGACCCCAAAUAAUUUACAUUAAUGACUUUUCAGCAAACGUCAACAUCUCCUGCAGCGCAUGUAUGUGUGUAUGUAUACAUUUAUUUGGCACCGUACGAAGCCAACUGCGCUAAUUGAAGGUGCAGCAAACUCUCCACCACUAAAUGGUGGCGACAUCAUCCUUGAUGCCUUGCACCAGGCUAGGUGCUCGCAUACUCUCGGUGGAGAGGUGAGACGUCGCCCGAUGGAAGGUCACGGAACAGACGCAGGCAAUACCGAACAAGCCGCUUGUCCGUAUUGUCCCCUCGUACAUGUGGGUUUUCGCUGGGCACUUGGGGCUCCUACGCCCUCCCCCCCCACAGAGAACAUGAAGCAAGACCCUCCCAGCAAAGAAUCUUUCGACUCACUUGAGGCUCUCUUGGUUAAAGGGUUUAACUAUUUGGUAUAACAUUUACAGGAACGUUUUGAACUAUUAGGGGGGGUAAUUAAGUGUGUACAUUUGACGUGAAUGGGUGCAAUUGACCUCAAAUCUAAUUAUAUAAAUACACUAAUACUCUACUAUUAAUAGCAUUAACUUUUGGAUAGGCAAGAGCCAACAAGCAGACUAUAUGCAUCACGAGUACUACUUUAAUUAUAUGUAGCUAUGCACACUUUUUUCUUUAAACAGAAACACAAGUUGUGUAUGAUAUUCUAUAUACGCGUUCAUAAAAUGUGCGUCUGUUUGCAAGCUUUUAUUCCUACGGAAGUGAACUGCGACGAUCCAUCGCCACAUCGAAGCCUCGGACGGUCGACCUUCGUCCCCAGAGGAGUAGAAAUGUUUGUGUGAGAAUGUAUGACGUUCAAAAACGUUACAAGUUAGAACAAUGACCCUGCUGCUGCUGCUGCUCAGUGUUAGGUCAAUCAACAGAUCUAACAUAUCAAUUGCAUUCGUUGCUUCCUUUCCUCCACAAAUUAACGUUGCUUUCAAAUAAAAAAUGUGACCGCUGCUUCAAAUGUGGCUGUGGACGGCGCUCAUCUCCACCGAUGGCCCCGAGCCAAUGAUGGAAAUUCCACGUUCCAAUAGCGGUGGCGGCGGAUCGGACUCUUCAUAGGGCUACUGUUGCCUUUCCACAGUUGAUCAAAUAGACUGACGCCUGUACGUAUGCAUGUACGUUGAGCUUCUUUCGCACCGUACGUAGCCGCCCACGACCGGGAUUUGAACUCACGACCCGUCGGCGUGCGAGUCGGACGUUCUAACCGCGGCACUGCGCAUGAAUAACGAUGAUGGCACAGUCGCCCCCCACCCACCCCCUGCCGAUUUUAGCGGAACGCUGCCAAUGUUCAAGACCCUUUUGCCACGUGCCAGUUUUAAAAGCUUAAGGAGUCACCGCUUUUUCAACAAUAACAAAAUGUGGGACAAACCACUUUGGCGCAAAUUGUUUGCUUUGAAAAUAAAUGCUCAGAAAGGGGGGGGGGUGGGUUUGGGGUUCAGGUAUCGGCGGCCUGCCGCUCAAUUCGCGAGCGUUGGCACGUUUGUAAUGGUAUAACAUUUACACUUUUUGGAUAGUCACGAUUCAAGAGGGUGAAGCGGUCUGUUAUCUUACGCAUCUGCUGCAUUCAAUUAAAAUAGAAUUAUUAACAAAAAAUAAGGAAGUAUCCUUUUUUUUCCCCAAAAGGUUCCACUCGCGAGCCUUUUGCAGGUCAGCGGCUUGUUGUAAUGGCCAAGACAAAAGGCCCCUUUAUCAUGGCCCUGCCUGCGGUGAGCACCUGUGUGUGCUGCGAGGGAUAAGUAAUCGGUCCUCGAAAUUACCACAAUCGGUUUAAUUAUUUUCGUAUUCAAAAGGGGCCUUUUGUAGCCCACGUAACAACGCACACAAUAUAUACAAUGGCACUUUUUUAUUAUUAUUGGGAUAUCUAAUUGUGCAACUUUCAUUGGACAUAUUGUGACACACUGUUCAGGUUCUGUAUAGUACUGAUGUUUAUAAUGUAUAUUUUUGAGCACUGUUUGAUUGUUUAUUAAGAUUGUGCCAUGCUUUAUGGGGUUUUUUUUGCAAGGCUCACAAUUGGAAGAGAUUUGUUUUGACAACCAGAGUUGACCUGAGCCUCCGUCAUCACCAUCAUCGCCAUCAUCGUCACACUACGGCUCAUCGGCACGCCAUACCCAGCUGUGCAAUUUGACGUCAAUCUGUCUCCUUUGCUCAAACGAGCAACGGGACGGCACUCCUGUGCCAGCCAGUUGUGUAAAGUCCCAUUGCCUAUGGUGGGGACCAGUCUCUCCGUAGGAUGGCCACAAAGUGAUCCUAAUUUUACGCGGCCUCGGAAUUAUGAUGGGCUGCGUUUGGCCCCCUGGUCAGAAUUUGACCUUGUAACUUUCAAGUUGAGAGUCCAACAUCAUAGCAACGAACCCACGUGGCCAGGUCAGUAUUAAUUUAAUUUCUGUUUUGUUUCCAACGUGCGUUGCUGUUGCAGUUAAGGGCCUGUCAUAUUAGCUGCCAUCACCUCACCUCUUUGACACUGUUGGCUUUUCCUUGGCAGCCUGUAAGCUGGGCAUGGCUCACUGAUGAGUCCAUAGGAGGGCAAAAUGCUUGUGUGUCUCUCGUGAUAAGGACGUCCAAACACCUUUUAUCGUUUUCGUCAUCAAUUAAGAGUGGUUGUUAGGGGCAUUUACAAAAAAAUCUUUUUUUAUCGUUUCGUCUGCUCAUGUUGGAAAUGCUAAAAUACAGGAAAAGAAAAAAAGAAAAGAAUAUACGAAUAAUUGAAAUGUAAUUGUAAAGUCUCUAUCUGUAUAAUGCUCCAGGGUUUUUGUUUUUUUCUGCUUCAGAGAGUUAUACUAAUGAUAAAUGAAAGAAUAAAACACUUAAGAGAAUCUGA